AUGGAGGAAAAUGAUGCUUGCAGAGUGUUUUGGAGAUCAAAGGAAUGGGAUGAGAAACUAUCCACAUUUGAUUCGGAUGAGGAAAUCCUACCUUUACCAAAAAAGUAUAUUAAAAAGGAGACACUAUCAAGCAACUAUGUAAACCAUGAGGAGAAGAUCUCUGAUCGAGUAAUCACGUGUCCCUGUUCUGUAUGCAAGCACAAAAUUGGCCUACCUGGACUUCUCCUCCAUAAGAAGCAACACGCAGCUCUGGCCACACUGGGUCUCACACGGAAGGGUGACAGUAAGCCAGCACCCUCAGUGAUUGUUGUUCAGAGACAGCUAAUGAUUACUAAACUGUUGUCAUCUCUUACAUUUAGUGAAAAAGUUCUACAGAACAUUAAUCAUGCUGUUGAACUACUUUGGAAGAAACAAAUACCAGCAAACUAUAAUAUUGGUAACAUUCACAACAGUUUCAUAUAUCCACAGAAAAUCUGCCAUCUGUUAAUUAAAGGAGUAGCCAUUUGCAAUGACAGGAAUUCUACAUGGAAAGUUGAUAUGAACAAUAAAUUCACAGUAGUAAAUAAUUUUGGCAAGAAACCCAAUGUGUGUUUUUUCGGUUUGUUUGACGGGCAUCACGGUGCCUCAGCAGCAGACUUCGCAUCAAGGGAACUCCCAGUUUUGCUUCUCCAUCAACUUUCCAGAUUUGAUCCUUCCUACCAAAUGACCACUGAAGAGCAAAAACUAAUCAGUUCCUUUCACACAGUGUUUAGGGAAGAAUACAGAGCUAUAGAAAACCUCUUCUCUAUGAAGAAACAAACAAAAGAGUUGAGGCAUGGGCAGGAGAACAUACACAAGGCCUUUGCCAAAGCAUUUUGGAGAAUGGAUAGGCUUUUACGUCUUGGAAGGAAAGAAGUAUCCAGGGUUCAGUGGAGUGGCUGUUCUGCGGUUGCCUGUAUAUUGGAAUGCAAAAUUAAGAGCCGCUAUGCCAAGAGGAAUCAGAGGGGAAUUGCUGGUCAGGAUGGUUGGUUAAAGAGGUUUUCUUCCCAGAGGAUGGCGCAAAUAAUUUCUGGAGAACUACAUGUUGCAAACACUGGUAAUGUGCAAGCAGUCUUAUGCAGAAAUGGGCAAGGGUUUCGCCUAACCAAAGAACACACUAUGCGAAACACAGACGAAGAAAGAAGAGCACUUGAGAAUGGAGCGAUAAUUAGUUCAAAUGAACCAUAUGGGCUCCUAGAAGGGCAAAUAAAAACUACAAGAGGACUUGGAUUUCAUGGAAACCCCAAACUGAAAAAGUUCAUUAUUCCAGCACCUCAGACUAUUUCUGUCGCUAUAGAUAAUUUAUGUCAAUUCCUUAUUGUAGCUACUAAUGGACUCUGGGAAGUUCUGGAUAACAAGGAAGUCACCGCACUGGCAAUAACAAUGUUUCAAGCGUAUAAAGAAACACACCAUUCCAUCAUCCAAAACAAAUCUUCACCAUCCAAAGUUCCUCUGUUUUCCCCAAUCAAUAAACCAAGCAUUUCUAAAUCAGACAGUGAUAUCCACGUAUUGUUUCAACGUAAAUCUGAAGAAUGUGUGUCAAGUAAAAAUUCCGAAGAACAUAUGUCUGAUUCAAAAUAUUCUCAAUUUUUUACUUGUGCUCCUAGAAAUGCACAAAUUCUACCAGAAAUGACUAAUCGUGAUCCUUGCAGUGAGGAAGAAACUGACAGACAUGUAGACAGUGUGCCAAAAGAUUCAAGUGAAAAAGAAAAAAUAAGCACUGGUAGUUUCUAUGAAGAUGCAGCUGAGUAUAUCAGCCAUGAACUUGUAAAUGCUGCUUUAAUGGCUGGCUCCAGAGACAACAUUACAGUUAUGGUCAUACUUCUCAGUGGAAGUGAGUAUCAGUUUCUGAAGAUAAAAGAUAAAAGUUCUGAUUAUCCAGAAUACAAAAAUAUAAAGACAAUUUCUUCAAUGAACCAGAUAUUAGGAUAAUAAUACA